AUGAAGCUUAUUUUUGUUGCAACACUGUUACUUACAUCAAUCUCUGCUCGAGUAAUUGAUAACUACGAGGAAUUAUUGACUUUACCUGCUAUUGUACAUGAGGAUCUAAUUAUCAGAUCUUGCCCAACUUCCUUGCAACUAGAAAAUUUGGCCCAAGUUGAUGGUGAUCUUAUUAUUGAGAAUUGUUCUCAAUUAGCUGAGAUAAAUUUACAGAAUUUGGAUUAUGUUCAAGGUGACUUGAAGCUUCAAAAAUUGACCUCUUUAGUCAUAUUGGAUUUGCCAAAGCUGAACCAUGUGAGAUCUUUUGAAUUGAGAAUUUUGCCGAUUUUAAACUUGAUGACAUUAAACCCAAAUAUGAUGGUUGAGAAAAACUUGAUCAUCUCAGAUACAUCUCUCACAAAUAUUGAUCAGGGAGAGUUUAGCAAUGUAAAGGACUUGGAUAUUUUGAGCAUCAACAAUAACCGGUUCUUAGAGGUAUUCAAAUUUAAAUCAAUAAAAAAAAUAGCCCAACAAUUGGCAAUACAUGCAAAUGCAAAAGAAAUAGAAAUAGAUUUGCCAGUCCUACAUUCAUCAAGAAACAUUACAAUAAGAGAUACCUCAGCAGUAUCACUUCCUUCCCUAGAAUUUGUAAAAACAUCUUUGGAACUCAUUGAGAAUCAAUUUAGCUCAUUGGAUUUCUCAAAACUAAGGUACGUUGGAGGUACUUUAGGGAUAAUCAACAACUUAAACCUUGAAAGAGUGGAUUUGAACAACUUAACGGAAAUUUCCGGUGGUCUCAUGAUCUCACAUAAUGAUAAGUUAAGGAAAGUGAAUUUCUUAUCAAAUUUAAAGCAAAUUGGAGGAGCUAUCCAUUUUGAUGGUCGUUUUGAUGAUAUCAGUUUCCAAAACUUGAAAUUGGUUAAAGGUAGUGCAUUCAUUAAAUCAACAUCAGCUCUGCUGGAUUGUCAAAAAUGGAUCAACCCUAUCAGGGGCAAGUCCGUAGUAAGAGGAGGGAAAAUCGAAUGUGUCAAUGGUAAAUCGCUUCACGGAAAUCAAGCCAUUCCUGUAGGUAAUCCUAUAUUACCCGAAAAAGUCAAUCAUGAGAAUAAAAAUCCAGGAAAUAAAGGCUUUAAGAAUGCAAAGACAGCUACAGAAUAUAACCAGGCCAAGCCAUUAAUGAAUAGUCUAAUUGAGUCCGAGAAUAGCUCAAACAAGAAGAGACUAUCUCUCUUGACAAAUUUUUUACUGAUGUCGAGUGCACUAUUUUUUUAG